UUUCACGAAUCCAAUCCAUGAUGUACCAAAUCAAUUAUUCAAAUCCCAUUCUGCUCAUACUUUAUACAAGGAACGCUAAUGAUGGGAACCUUGCCAACCAACAAGACAAAGUCAACUAGCCAAUGUUGUUUGUAUUACAUAAUGCCAUGAAUUCAACAUGAUUUGCUUACCAGGAAGUUUCAUAGCUUCCUUUUUAGAUUAGUCCUUUUCAUGAAACCCAAUCAACCUCAGAAUACAUUCCAUGCUGAUCAACCUCCAUACACUUUCAAAUCAAGCAAAAUGAGUUUCCUUCCUCUCACAUCAUCUAUCAUCAUUCUCGCCAAUUUUUGUUGCAUUUCUGUGAUCCUUGCUCAGCAGCCUUAUGAAGGACAAGCCUUCACAGAUUGUUACAAUCCAAACGUGUCGAAAUCCCUUUUCGGAUACAGCUGCAAUGGCUUCAACAGAAGUUGCCAAACUUACCUCACCUUCAGAUCACAGCCUCCUUACACCACUGUUUCUUCCAUCGCCAAUAUGUUGGCUUCUGACCCAUCUCAGCUUGCAGAAAUCAACUCGGUUUCUGAGUCCGCAACAUUUGCGACAAACCAGUUGGUGCUUGUUCCAGUCACCUGUUCUUGCUCAGGUCAGUACUAUCAGCUAAACACAUCUCAUGUUGUUGUUCAUGGUGAUACAUUUUUAGUAAUUGGAAACAAUACAUUUCAAGGCCUCUCAACUUGUCAAGCUAUGAUGCAGCAGAACAGUAAUCUCACCACAAAGAAUUUGUAUACUGGUACUAGACUCAGUGUUCCCCUUAGAUGUGCUUGUCCCACUAAGAACCAAACUGAUUUGGGAAUCAAUUAUCUCAUGAGUUACUUAGUAACAACUGGUGAUUAUGUUUCAAAGAUUAGUGAUAGAUUUGAUGCAGAUACAGGAAGGACUCUUGAAGCCAAUGAGCUUUCAGAGCAAUUCCCUAACAUUUAUCCCUUCACCACACUCUUAGUUCCUUUAAAAAACCCUCCAUCUAGUUCACAAACCAUAGAGCCACCUUCAUCAUCACCGCCAUCACCUCCGGCUUUCCCUCCAGCUGCCUCGAAGAACUCAAAGAAAACAUGGGUUUAUGUAGUCGCUGGGGCUAUUGGAGGAGGUGGUGUUGUUCUGGUAAUAGGCUUCCUCAUCUUCUUCACAUUCUUCCGCAGAAGAAGUAAGAAGAAGACUGAUACAGUUGUUGUAUCGGAAAGCUUUGAGGCGCUUGAGAAACCAGUACAGAAAAUAGGGGAUGAAGAUUCUGAAUCUCAGGACUUUUUAGAGUCUAUAUCUAGAGACAUAGCUCACAUGGCUCUAUCCCUCAAAGUUUACAAAUUUGAGGAACUGCAAAGUGCAACAGAGAACUUCAGCUCCAGUUGUUUGAUCAAAGGAUCUGUUUUUCGCGGCAUAUUUGGUGGGGAUGUGGCUGCAAUCAAGAAAAUGAAUGGGAAUGUGUCCAAAGAAAUCAAUUUGCUAAACAAAAUCAACCAUUCUAAUCUGAUUCGUCUCUCCGGGGUUUGCUUUAAUGAUGGUCAUUGGUAUCUGAUAUAUGAGUACGCUGUCAAUGGACCCUUGAGUAAUUGGAUUUACUUUGAAGACAAUGAUGGGAAGAUUUUGAGUUGGACACAAAGAGUGCAGAUUAUGUUGGAUGUGGCCUCAGGGCUUAAUUAUCUGCACAGCUUCACCACUCCUCCUCAUGUCCACAAGGAUAUAAAGAGCAGUAACAUUCUUCUUGACAGUGAUUUCAGGGCCAAGAUUGCGAAUUUUGGUCUAGCAAGGUCAGCUGGUGCGCAAGACGGUCACUUUUCUUUGACGAAUCACAUUGUUGGAACGAUAGGGUACAUGGCUCCUGAGUACUUAGAAAAUGGUUUGAUCUCCACAAAGCUUGAUGUCUACGCAUUUGGGGCACUCAUGUUGGAAUUACUCACCGGAAAAGAGGUUGCGGUGCUUUUUGAACAAAAUGUGCACUUGUCUGAUAUACUGAACUCUUUGCUUAACAAUGAAGAUGGAGGACAGAGUUUGCGGCAGUUCAUGGAUCCUGCUUUGCAAGAGAAUUAUCCUCAAGAGUUUGCUAGUUUUGUGAUCAGGUUGAUUGAUAGUUGCUUGAAGAAAAACCCAGGAUCUCGCCCAGACAUGAAUGAGAUGGUGCAGUUUCUCUCAAGAACCAUGAGUAAUUCGCUGACUUGGGAAUUGUCAAGCAACACCUCAGGCUACCAAGGUUCAGCGGGAGUUCUUGAUGGUACAGAAACUGGAUAAGAUCUCAUUCAACUCAGAUAAAAUUUCGACUACUACUAUUCUUUUCAUGUUGUAGUGACAAAUUAUUGAGUUUAGUUUUGUAUUAUACAUCUCUUUUUAGGCCA